GCUUUAAGCAGUUCAUAACGUUUCGUUGAAGCUGACACACACACCCUUUCGGCCUUCCAAAUUCGAGCUUAGAGCUAAGUCUUAAAAUCGCAAAAUAAAUUCAUAGAAAAUUAGUUAAACUUUCAAAGGCAUUGCGAGUAAACCUCCAGAGAUGACCUCCAUUUUGGUGCUGCUGUUCGCCAGCGUUGUGCACUUCGGAAUGCGCGGCAGCUGUCUGCUGGACUUGGAGCGAUUCCCAGUGGUGCCGGGCACCGUCUUCGCGGGCCACAUCGCCUACUGCGCCGUCCUGCACUUCCUGCACGACCUGGAGGUGCUGCCGACGAGCUACCGCCGGCGGAUGGGCUGGCUGGCCGCCUUCCUCAUCGAACUGGUGCUGGGCAUAGCCGCCAUGGAGGUCCUGGCCCUGUGGCUCUGGUGCAGCGUGGAGCACAUCCUGCACCUGGCGCUGCAGUUCGUCCUGCGACGCUACGCGGGCAUCUCCGCCGAUCUCUACCAGCGCUGGGAGUGGGCCAUCAUGGGCGGCCUGAUGACCUCGCUGGCGACCUUGCUCUGGCUGAGUGCCUACGAGGCCACGGAUAUACGGGACAAGCAGACCAAGGAGGAACAGAAGGAGCAGGAGGAGCAGCUGCACCUGGAAGUCCUGGCCACUGCCACCGAUUGCUAGCCACCUAGGAACCCCUCAUCUGCAACCUUUUGAUGUGGCCACCCAUUCCCCAUGGCUUCGCCCUCGAUUAGAUGAACGAUCAUGCUGCGAGGACCGGAGGAGGCAAAUGUAUUUAUUCCAGCCAGAUGGACUCGAAAAGCUCUAAAGACCGUUCCAAAGGGUGCUGGGGAAGGGGGCGCGACACGGAAAGGGGCGGGGCAAAAUGAUGGACUGCAGUAAAAUGUCUAUGAAAAUUGA